UCCCAAAUCACCACCAUGAAGUUGAUAUUUUUGUACUUCAUUGUGGCACUUUGCUUCUUUUGCAAAGAUGGGGAAGCCCUAUUCUUCAGGUUAAAAUCAGAAACACAGAAAAGAGAAUCAGGUGCCAUAAGCUCAUCUGACUACAGUUCUUCUGGACCAUUCAGUACUCCAGAAAAAGGAUCCCAUAUUCCUGAAGCAACGCCAAAAUACUCAGAAACAGAUGCAAUUAUUGGUGAAGUGUCUACUUGGGGCAAAGGAGCAUAUAAAGCGUUCAAUGGCCGUGUCUUUUCCUUUGAGUCUUCAUGCUCUUAUACUUUCUGCCGUCACUGUGUUGAAUCUGGAGGAGAUUUCAAUGUUGAAAUCAAACGAAACAAUGACAGUGAGAUUGAAAAAAUAACAGUUAUAAUUGACAAUAAUGACAUCUCCAUUUCGGGUGAUGUCAUUUUAGUUAAUGGAGAAAGUGUACACAUACCAUAUAACAAUAAGUUGAUUCACAUUAAAAAAUACGGAGAACAUAAUGUUCUGAAUAGCCGUAGAGGAAUCCUGUCUUUGAUGUGGGACAAAAAUAACAAACUCUCACUCACUAUUCACAAACAAUAUCCAACUUGCGGUCUUUGUGGUAACUUCAACAAUACUCCAGGAGAAGAUAUCGAUGAGCAUAUUGCCAAUAGUAAAAUUCCUGGCAGUUGUCCCAAUGCUGUUAGUAAAAGCUAUGAACUUUGUGAAGAUGGAGUACAGCACUGUGAGAAGAUUAUUGGAACCUACUUUGAGAAAUGUCAGAAGGUUAGCACUUUAUCCAAUGACUACAAAAUAAUCUGCAUUGAUGAGUACUGCCAAAAUAGAGAUGCAAAAGCCACAUGUGACACUUACUCAGAAUUGUCCCGCCUCUGUGCCUCGGAUGGUCCUGGCGUCUAUGAAUCCUGGAGAGACGAUUCUGCUGUGGUUUGUGAAAAACCUAACUGCCCAGAAAAACAUAUCUACAAAGAAUGUGGGCCCUCAAAUCCUGCAACUUGUUCUAAUGUGGCUCCCUUUCAAGACAGUGAAUGUGUGAGUGGCUGCACCUGCCCAGAAGGUUAUCUGUUGGAUGAUAUUGGCAAGACAGGGAAAUGCGUACUGAAGGCUUACUGUCCCUGCGAAUCGAAUGGAAAUGUGUAUCAGUCAGGAGAAGUCCGCGAAGGUCCUUGUGGUUCUCAGUGCACAUGCCAAGAAGCAAAGUGGUCCUGCACUGAAGCCUUAUGUCCUGGAAGAUGUAAGGUGGAAGGAAGCUUGAUUACCACCUUUGAUGGUGUUAAAUACAACCAUCCUGGAAACUGUCACUUUUUGGCCAUCCAUGAUAAAGAUUGGUCUAUUAGUGUUGAGCUUCGUCCAUGUCAGAGUGGUCAGUCAGGAACGUGCUUAAACAGUGUUACCCUCCUUUUGAAUUCGUCUGUUUCAGUUGACAAAUACAUAUUCAAUAGAGAUGGGACAGUCACAAAUGACAAGAUUAGAAAUCAAAGUUAUUAUUAUUCAGACAAGGUACAGAUCUUCAAAGUAUCUUCCUCAUACCUUCAAGCAGAGACAUACUUUCAUGUAAAAAUGCAAAUACAAAUUGUUCCUGUGAUGCAAUUAUAUGUUUCCAUGCCACCCAACCAAUUCACAGACACAGUUGGACUCUGUGGUUCCUAUAACAACAGAGCAGAGGAUGAUUUCAUGUCAAGUCAGAAUAUACUGGAGAAGACAUCUCAGGCAUUUGCUAAUUCUUGGGAAAUGAUGUCCUGUUCUAAAGGAAACACCGCUUCAUGCAUCAGUAUAGGAAAAGAAAAAUUUGCUGAAAACAACUGUGGAAUUCUUCUUGAUUCGAGUGGGCCUUUUGCUUCCUGCCAUCCAAUUGUGAACCCUAAACCAUAUCAUGAGGAAUGCAAAAAAUACACUUGUGCUUGUGAAAAUAGUGAAGAUUGCCUGUGUACAAUUUUAGGCAACUAUGUGAAAGCAUGUGCUGAGAAGGAAACAUACAUAGUAGGAUGGAGAGCUGAGUUAUGUGAUCAUUCUUGUCCAAGUGGCCUAGUUUUCAAAUACAAUGUAAAGGCCUGCAAUAGUUCUUGCCGAUCGUUGUCAGAGAGAGAUAGGAGCUGCGAUGUGGAAGAUGUUCCCAUUGAUGGAUGCACUUGCCCUGAUGGAAUGUACCAUAAUAAUGAAGGAACUUGUGUUCCAAAAUCUCAGUGUGACUGCUACAUAAAUGACGAGGUCGUGCAACCAGGCAAACUCAUCCAUAUUGGUAACAAUAAAUGUGUCUGUCGGGAUGGAAUCCUUCUUUGCCAGACUCCUAUUGAUGUAACCCUACAGAAUUGUACUGGAGGGGCUGAAUAUGUUGACUGUAGGGAUCCUAAGGCACAGAGAAGAGCCGACAGUACAUGUAACACUUGGAACAUACCUAGCUUUGAAGAAAACUUGCCUUGCAAGCGUGGGUGCUACUGUCCUGUAGGAAUGGUUCGGAAUUCUAAAGGAAACUGUGUCUUUCCUGAAGACUGCCCAUGCUCUUUUGGUGGACGAGAGUAUGACCAAGGAAGUGUCACCUCAGUUGGCUGCAACAAAUGUACUUGCAUAAAAGGAUCUUGGAACUGUACACAAAACGAAUGUCAAACCACCUGUCACAUCUAUGGGGAAGGUCAUAUUAGAACUUUUGAUGGAAAAACUUAUAGCUUUGAUGGUCUCUGCCAGUAUUCAUUCCUUGAGGAUUAUUGUGGUAGUGAAAAUGGCACAUUCCGUAUUUUAACUGAAAGUGUCCCAUGCUGUGAAGAUGGACUUACAUGCUCAAGAAAAAUUAUAGUCGCUUUUCAGGAUCAGAAUGUUGUCUUGCACGAUGGUAAAGUCACAGCAGUUAAAACUACAGAAAGUAAGGAAUGUGAACUUGAAGAAAAUUCAUACUCUGUGCAUACCGUUGGCCUGUACUUGAUUCUGAAAUUCUUAAGUGGAAUAACCAUAAUUUGGGAUAAAAAUACCAGAAUCUCUGUCAUAUUGGAUCCGCGUUGGAAUGGCAAAGUGUGUGGUCUUUGCGGAAACAAUAAUGGCGACCUGAAGGAUGAUUUCACAACGCGAUAUUCGUCCGUAGCUGUUGGAGAGCUGGAAUUUGGCAAUAGUUGGAAAACCAGUCAAGAAUGUUCGGACACUGUCACUCAAAGUUUCCCGUGUGACUCAAACCCGUACUGCAAAGCCUGGGCUGUGCGGAAAUGUGAGAUCAUCCGGGACAGCACCUUCCGAGACUGCCACAACAAGGUGGACCCCAGUGCUUACUACGACGCGUGUAUUGAAGAAGCCUGUGCGUGUGACAUGGAGGGGAAGUACCUGGGAUUCUGCACAGCCGUGGCGAUGUACGCAGAGGCCUGCAGUGCGGUUGGAGUCUGUGUCAAAUGGAGAAAACCAGAUCUCUGUCCUGUCUACUGUGAUUAUUAUAAUGCACCUGGGGAAUGCAGCUGGCAUUAUGAACCUUGUGGUACAGUGACUGCAAAAACAUGCAAAGAUCGAGUAAUUGGCCAGAAAUUUUCUGCACUUUUAGAAGGCUGCUAUGCUAAGUGCCCAGACAGUGCUCCCUACCUGGAUGAGAACACCAUGAAAUGCGUCAGUUUAUCUGAGUGCAGCUGCUUCUAUAAUGAUAUCAUACCAGCGGGUGGAGUGAUCCAGGAUAACUGUGGGAGAACAUGCUAUUGCAUCGCAGGAGAGUUGGAGUGCAGUGAAUUUGCUCCUACAAAUUCAACAUUUACAGUUUCUACUACAACAGCUACCUCCAUAUUAAGCACUGAAGCAGCAAUCACACUGGUAACCAGUAGCUCAAGCACAGCAGCUUCCAUUCCAGCGAUUACAACCUCAAGCAGUGGAACAAUAGGAACAACUCUGGGUUUUCUCAGUGGAACUUUUACUACAGGGGCCCCAGGAGUAUCAGAGGGUGUCACAACCGUGUCUGGGAACAAGAGCACAAGUGAGGACUCAGCUGCCCCAGGCACGACCCCGGGAGGCCCUCCAGGAACAACUGGAGGGGAAAAUGCUGCCACCACUGGAGCUGCUGGUGAAAACACCUCUGGAGCAUCAGGGACAACUGGACCAUCUGUUGUAAGUUCAGAGACAAGUAGAGGGGCAGAAACUACUGGACCAUCAGCUGAAAGGUCAAGGACAACUCUGCCAACAAUUGGUAUGACAGAAAUUAUUGGAUCAUCAACUGAAGAAUCAAGGGCAACCAGAACAUCAACUGGCAGAUAUUCCCCAAAUGUUUCCUCAGCUGUAGGGUCACAAACAAGUAGACAAUCAACUGAAGGAUCAAGCGAAAAUGGACUAACAGAAGUAGUGACAGAAACAUAUGUACCAACAACUGGAAUAUCAAGGACAACAGAAGAAUCAGAGUUGACUGGAAUAUCAGUAGUAGGUUCAGGGAAAACUGGAUCAUCAACCAUAGUGACAGUAACAAAUGCUAGAUCCUCUGUUGCAGGGUCAGGGACAACCGGAACACUUUCUGGAGCAUCAGGGUCCACAGGAUCAUCAUUGGGAUCACCAGGGGCAAUCAGAGCAUCCAUUGGCCAGCCCGAAACAACCAGAAUCUCGGUGGGAGGGUCGUCUGGAGCCCCUGCAGUCUCAUCUGGAGCAUCACAGGCAGCGGGAACAUCAGGUGCUGCCCCGGGAACAAGUGCCUCAUCCGUCGGGGUGACGGAAAGUGCUAGAACCUCUGUCCCAGGGUCAGGGACAACCAGAACACCGUCUGGAGCAUCAGGGUCCACAGGACCAUCAUCGGGAUCACCAGGUGCCACCGGAGCAACCAUUGGCCAGCCCGAAACAACCAGAAUCUUGGUGGCAGGGUUGUCUGGAGCACCUGCAGUCUCACCUGGAGCAUCACAGGCAGCGGGAACAUCAGGUGCUGCCCCGGGAACAACUGCCUCAUCCGUCGGGGUGACGGAAUCAGCUAGACCCUCUGUCGCAGGGUCCGGGACAACUGGAAUACCGCCUGGAGCAUCAGGAUCCACAGGAUCAUCAUCGGGAUCACCAGGGGCCACCGGAGCAUCCAUUGGCCAGCCCGAAACAACCAGAAUCUCGGUGGCAGGGUCAUCUGGAGCCCCUGCAGUCUCACCUGGAGCAUCACAGGCAGCCGGAACGUCAGCUGCUGCCCCGGGAACAACUGCCUCAUCUGUCGGGGUGGCGGAAUCUUCUAGCCCCUCUGUCACAAGGUUGGGGCAAAAUAGAUUACUGUUUGGAGCGUCAGGGUCCACAGGAUCAUCAUCGGGAUCACCAGGGGCCACUGGUCCAUCCAUUGGCCAGCCUGAAACAACCAGAAUCUUGGUGUCAGGGUCAUCUGGAGCCCCUGCAGUCUCACCUGGAGCAUCACAGGCAGCGGGAACAUCAGGUGCUGCCCCGGGAACAACUGCCUCAUCCGUCGGGUUGACGGAAUCAGCCAGAACCUCUAUCGCAGCAUCAGGGACAACCGGAACACUGUCGGGCGCAUCAGGGUCCACAGGACCAUCAUCGGGAUCACCAGUGGCCACCGGAGCAUCCAUUGGCCAGCCCGAAACAACCAGAAUCUCGGUGGCAGGGUCAUCUGGAGCCCCUGCAGUCUCAUCUGGAGCAUCACAGGCAUCGGGAACUUCAGGUGCUGCCCCGGGAACAGGUGGCUCAUCUGUCGGGGUGGCGGUAAUUUCCAGACCCUCUGUCACAAGGUUGGGGCAAAAUAGAUUACUGUUUGGAACGUCAGGGUCCACAGAAUCAUCAUCGGGAUCACCGGGGGGCACCAGUCCAUCCAUUGGCCAGCCUGAAACAACCAGAAUCUUGGUGUCAGGGUCAUCUGGAGCCCCUGCAGUCUCACCUGGAGCAUCACAGGCAGCCGGAACGUCAGCUGCUGCCCCGGGAACAACUGCCUCAUCUGUCGGGGUGGCAGAAUCUUCUAUACCCUCUGUCACAAGGUUGGGGCAAAAUAGAUUACUGUUUGGAGCGUCAAGGUCCACGGAAUCAUCAUCGGGAUCACCUGGGGCCACCCAUGCAUCCAUUGGCCAGCCUGAAACAACCAGAAUCUCGGUGGCAGGGUCAUCUGGAGCCCCUGCAGUCUCACCUGGAGCAUCACAGGCAGCCGGAACGUCAGCUGCUGCCCCGGGAACAACUGCCUCAUCUGUCGGGGUGGCGGAAUCUUCUAGACCCUCUGUCACCGGGUUGGGGCAAAAUAGAUUACUGUUUGGAGCGUCAGGGUCCACAGAAUCAUCAUCGGGAUCACCAGGGGCCACCCAUGCAUCCAUUGGCCAGCCUGAAACAACCAGAAUCUCGGUGGCAGGGUCAUCUGGAGCCCCUGCAGUCUCACCUGGAGCAUCACAGGCAGCCGGAAUAUCAGCUGCUGCCCCGGGAACAAGUGCCUCAUCCGUUGGGGUGGCGGUAUCUUCUAGACCCACUGUCACAAGGUUGGGGACAACCGGAACACUGUCUGGAGCGUCAGGGUCCACAGGAUCAUCAUCGGGAUCACCAGGGGCCACCGGAGCAUCCAUUGGCCAGCCUGAAACAACCAGAAUCUCGGUGGCAGGGUCAUCUGGAGCCCCUGCAGUCUCACCUGGAGCAUCACAGGCAGCGGGAACAUCAGGUGCUGCCCCGGGAACAAGUGCCUCAUCCGUCGGGGUGGCGGUAUCUUCUAGACCCUCUGUCACAGGGUUGGGGACAACCGGAACACUGUCGGGAGCGUCAGGGUCCACAGGACCACCAUCGGGAUCACCAGGGGCCACCGGAGCAUCCAUUGGCCAGCCCGAAACAAACAGAAUCUCGGUGGCAGGGUCAUCUGGAGCCCUUGCAGUCUCACCUGGAGCAUCACAGGCAGCCGGAACAUCAGGUGCUGCCCCGGGAACAAGUGCCUCAUCUGUCGGGGUGGCGGAAUCUUCUAGCCCCUCUGUCACAAGGUUGGGGCAAAAUAGAUUACUGUCGGGAGCAUCAGGGUCCACAGGAUCAUCAUCGGGAUCACCAGGGGCCACCGGUCCAUCCAUUGGCCAGCCUGAAACAAGCAGAAUCUUGGUGUCAGGGUCAUCUGGAGCCCCUGCAGUCUCACCUGGAGCAUCACAGGCAGCGGGAACAUCAGGUGCUGCCCCGGGAACAACUGCCUCAUCCGUCGGGUUGACGGAAUCAGCCAGAACCUCUAUCGCAGCAUCAGGGACAACCGGAACACUGUCGGGCGCAUCAGGGUCCACAGGACCAUCAUCGGGAUCACCAGGGGCCACCGGAGCAUCCAUUGGCCAGCCCGAACCAACCAGAAUCUCGGUGGCAGGGUCAUCUGGAGCCCCUGCAGUCUCAUCUGGAGCAUCACAGGCAGCGGGAACUUCAGGUGCUGCCCCGGGAACAAGUGCCUCAUCCGUCGGGGUGGCGGUAUCUUCUAGACCCUCUGUCACAGGGUUGGGGACAACCGGAACACUGUCGGGCGCAUCAGGGUCCACAGGACCAUCAUCGGGAUCACCAGGGGCCACCGGAGCAUCCAUUGGCCAGCCCGAAACAACCAGAAUCUCGGUGGCAGGGUCAUCUGGAGCCCCUGCAGUCUCACCUGGAGCAUCACAGGCAGCCGGAACAUCAGCUGCUGCCCUGGGAACAAGUGCCUCAUCUGUGGGGGUGGCGGAAUCUUCUAGCCCCUCUGUCACAAGGUUGGGGCAAAAUAGAUUACUGUUUGGAGCGUCAGGGUCCACAGGAUCAUCAUCGGGAUCACCAGGGGCCACCGGUCCAUCCAUUGGCCAGCCUGAAACAACCAGAAUCUUGGUGUCAGGGUCAUCUGGAGCCCCUGCAGUCUCACCUGGAACAUCACAGGCAGCAGGAACAUCAGGUGCUGCCCCGGGAACAACUGCCUCAUCCGUCGGGUUGACGGAAUCAGCCAGAACCUCUAUCGCAGCAUCAGGGACAACCGGAACACUGUCGGGCGCAUCAGGGUCCACAGGACCAUCAUCGGAAUCACCAGGGGCCACCGGAGCAUCCAUUGGCCAGCCCGAAACAACCAGAAUCUCGGUGGCAGGGUCAUCUGGAGCCCCUGCAGUCUCACCUGGAGCAUCACAGGCAGCGGGAACAUCAGGUGCUGCCCCGGGAACAAGUGCCUCAUCCGUCGGGGUGGCGGUAUCUUCUAGACCCUCUGUCACAGGGUUGGGGACAACUGGAAUACUGUUUGGAGCGUCAGGGUCCACAGGAUCAUCAUCGGGAUCACCAGGGGCCACUGGAGCAUCCAUUGGCCAGCCCGAAACAACCAGAAUCUCGGUGGCAGGGUCAUCUGGAGCCCCUGCAGUCUCACCUGGAGCAUCACAGGCAGCCGGAACAUCAGCUGCUGUCCCGGGAACAAGUGCCUCAUCUGUCGGGGUGGCGGAAUCUUCUAGCCCCUCUGUCACCGGGUUGGGGCAAAAUAGAUUACUGUUUGGAGCGUCAGGGUCCACAGGAUCAUCAUCGGGAUCACCAGGGGCCACCGGAGCAUCCAUUGGCCAGCCUGAAACAACCAGAAUCUCGGUGGCAGGGUCAUCUGGAGCCCCUGCAGUCUCACCUGGAGCAUCACAGGCAGCUGGAACAUCAGCUGCUGCCCCGGGAACAACUGCCUCAUCUGUCGGGUUGGCGGAAUCUUCUAGACCCUCUGUCACAAGGUUGGGGCAAAAUAGAUUACUGUUUGGAGCGUCAGGGUCCACAGGAUCAUCAUCGGGAUCACCAGGGGCCACCCAUGCAUCCAUUGGCCAGCCUGAAACAACCAGAAUCUCGGUGGCAGGGUCAUCUGGAGCCCCUGCAGUCUCACCUGGAGCAUCACAGGCAGCGGGAACUUCAGGUGCUGCCCCGGGAACAAGUGCCUCAUCCGUCGGGGUGGCGGUAUCUUCUAGACCCACUGUCACAGGGUUGGGGACAACCGGAACACUGUCUGGAGCGUCAGGGUCCACAGGAUCAUCAUCGGGAUCACCAGGGACCAGCGGAGCAUCCAUUGGCCAGCCCGAAACAACCAGAAUCUCGGUGGCAGGGUCAUCUGGAGCCCCUGCAGUCUCACCUGGAGCAUCACAGGCAGCGGGAACAUCAGGUGCUGCCCCGGGAACAAGUGCCUCAUCCGUCGGGGUGGCGGUAUCUUCUAGACCCUCUGUCACAGGGUUGGGGACAACCGGAACACUGUCGGGAGCGUCAGGGUCCACAGGACCACCAUCGGGAUCACCAGGGGCCACCGGAGCAUCCAUUGGCCAGCCUGAAACAACCAGAAUCUCGGUGGCAGGGUCAUCUGGAGCCCCUGCAGUCUCAUCUGGAGCAUCACAGGCAGCGGGAACAUCAGGUGCUGCCCCGGGAACAAGUGCCUCAUCUGUCGGGGUGGCGGAAUCUUCUAGCCCCUCUGUCACAAGGUUGGGGCAAAAUAGAUUACUGUUUGGAGCGUCAGGGUCCACAGGAUCAUCAUCGGGAUCACCAGGGGCCACCGCUCCAUCCAUUGGCCAGCCUGAAACAAGCAGAAUCUUGGUGUCAGGGUCAUCUGGAGCCCCUGCAGUCUCACCGGGAGCAUCACAGGCAGCGGGAACAUCAGGUGCUGCCCCGGGAACAACUGCCUCAUCCGUCGGAUUACUGUUUGGAACGUCAGGGUCCACAGAAUCAUCAUCGGGAUCACCAGGGGCCACCCAUGCAUCCAUUGGCCAGCCCGAAACAACCAGAAUCUCGGUGGCAGGGUCAUCUGGAGCCCCUGCAGUCUCACCUGGAGCAUCACAGGCAGCGGAACAUCAGAUUACUGUUUGGAGCGUCAGGUCCACAGGAUCAUCAUCGGGAUCACCAGGGGCCACCCAUGCAUCCAUUGGCCAGCCUGAAACAACCAGAAUCUCGGUGGCAGGGUUAUCUGGAGCCCCUGCAGUCUCACCUGGAGCUCACAGGCAGCCGGAACAUCAGGUGCUGCCCCGGGAACAAGUGCCUCAUCCGUCGGGGUGGCGGUAUCUUCUAGCCCUCUGUCACAGGGUUGGGGACAACGGAACACUGUGGGAGCGUCAGGGUCACAGGACCACCAUCGGGAUCACCAGGGGCACUGGAGCAUCAUUGGCCAGCCCGAAACAACCAGAAUCUCAGUGGCAGGGUCAUCUGGAGGCCCCUGCCAGUCUCACCUGGAGCAUCACAGGCAGCGGGAACAUCAGGUGCUGCCCCGGGAACAAGUGCCUCAUCCGUCCGGGGAUCAUCAUCGGGGAUCACCAGGGGCCACCGGUCCAUCCAUUGGCCAGCCUGAAACAAGCAGAAUCUUGGUGUCGGGUCAUCUGGAGCCCCUGCAGUCUCACCUGGAGCAUCACAGCAGCGGGAACAUCAGGUGCUGCCCGGGACAACUGCCUCAUCCGUCGGGGUCCACAGGACAUCAUCGGGAUCACAGGGGCCACCGGAGCAUCCAUUGGCCAGCCCGAAACAACCAGAAUCUCGGUGGCAGGGUCAUCUGGAGCCCCUGCAGUCUCACCUGGAGCAUCACAGGCAGCCGGAACAUCAGGUGCUGGCCCUGGGAACAAGUGCCGUCAUCUGUCGGGGUGGCGGAAUCUUCUAGCCCCUCUGUCACAAGGUUGGGGCAAAAUAGAUUACUGUCGGGAGCGUCAGGGUCCACAGGAUCAUCAUCGGGAUCACCAGGGGCCACCGGUCCAUCCAUUGGCCAGCCUGAAACAAGCAGAAUCAUGGUGUCAGGGUCAUCUGGAGCCCCUGCAGUCUCACCGGGAGCAUCACAGGCAGCGGGAACAUCAGGUGCUGCCCCGGGAAACAACUGCCUCAUCCGUCGGGUUGACGGAAUCAGCCAGAACCUCUAUCGCAGCAUCAGGGACAACCGGAACACUGUCGGGCGCAUCAGGGUCCACAGGACCAUCAUCGGGAUCACCAGGGGCCACCGGAGCAUCCAUUGGCCAGCCCGAAACAACCAGAAUCUCGGUGGCAGGGUCAUCUGGAGCCCCUGCAGUCUCAUCUGGAGCAUCACAGGCAGCGGGAACUUCAGGUGCUGCCCCGGGAACAAGUGCCUCAUCCGUCGGGGUGGCGGUAUCUUCUAGACCCUCUGUCACAGGGUUGGGGACAACCGGAACACUGUCGGGAGCGUCAGGGUCCACAGGACCAUCAUCGGGAUCACCAGGGGCCACCGGAGCAUCCAUUGGCCAGCCCGAAACAACCAGAAUCUCGGUGGCAGGGUCAUCUGGAGCCCCUGCAGUCUCACCUGGAGCAUCACAGGCAGCCGGAACGUCAGCUGCUGCCCUGGGAACAAGUGCCUCAUCUGUCGGGGUGGCGGAAUCUUCUAGCCCCUCUGUCACAAGGUUGGGGCAAAAUAGAUUACUGUUUGGAGCGUCAGGGUCCACAGGAUCAUCAUCGGGAUCACCAGGGGCCACCGGUCCAUCCAUUGUCCAGCCUGAAACAAGCAGAAUCUUGGUGUCAGGGUCAUCUGGAGCCCCUGCAGUCUCACCUGGAGCAUCACAGGCAGCGGGAACAUCAGGUGCUGCCCCGGGAACAACUGCCUCAUCCGUCGGGUUGACGGAAUCAGCCAGAACCUCUAUCGCAGCAUCAGGGACAACCGGAACACUGUCGGGCGCAUCAGGGUCCACAGGACCAUCAUCGGGAUCACCAGGGGCCACCGGAGCAUCCAUUGGCCAGCCCGAAACAACCAGAAUCUCGGUGGCAGGGUCAUCUGGAGCCCCUGCAGUCUCAUCUGGAGCAUCACAGGCAGCGGGAACUUCAGGUGCUGCCCCGGGAACAAGUGCCUCAUCCGUCGGGGUGGCGGUAUCUUCUAGACGCUCUGUCACAAGGUUGGGGCAAAAUAGAUUACUGUUUGGAACGUCAGGGUCCACAGAAUCAUCAUCGGGAUCACCAGGGGCCACCCAUGCAUCCAUUGGCCAGCCCGAAACAACCAGAAUCUCGGUGGCAGGGUCAUCUGGAGCCCCUGCAGUCUCACCUGGAGCAUCACAGGCAGCGGGAACAUCAGGUGCUGCCCCGGGAACAAGUGCCUCAUCUGUCGGUGUGGCGGAAUCUUCUAGACCCUCUGUCACCGGUUUGGGGCAAAAUAGAUUACUGUUUGGAGCGUCAGGGUCCACAGGAUCAUCAUCGGGAUCACCAGGGGCCACCCAUGCAUCCAUUGGCCAGCCUGAAACAACCAGAAUCUCGGUGGCAGGGUUAUCUGGAGCCCCUGCAGUCUCACCUGGAGCAUCACAGGCAGCCGGAACAUCAGGUGCUGCCCCGGGAACAAGUGCCUCAUCCGUCGGGGUGGCGGUAUCUUCUAGACCCUCUGUCACAGGGUUGGGGACAACCGGAACACUGUCGGGAGCGUCAGGGUCCACAGGACCACCAUCGGGAUCACCAGGGGCCACUGGAGCAUCCAUUGGCCAGCCCGAAACAACCAGAAUCUCAGUGGCAGGGUCAUCUGGAGCCCCUGCAGUCUCACCUGGAGCAUCACAGGCAGCCGGAACAUCAGGUGCUGCCCCGGGAACAAGUGCCUCAUCCGUCGGGGUGGCGGAAUCUUCUAGCCCCUCUGUCACUGGGUUGGGGCAAAAUAGAUUACUGUUUGGAGCGUCAGGGUCCACAGGAUCAUCAUCGGGAUCACCAGGGGCCACCGGUCCAUCCAUUGGCCAGCCUGAAACAAGCAGAAUCUUGGUGUCAGGGUCAUCUGGAGCCCCUGCAGUCUCACCUGGAGCAUCACAGGCAGCGGGAACAUCAGGUGCUGCCCCGGGAACAACUGCCUCAUCCGUCGGGUUGACGGAAUCAGCCAGAACCUCUAUCGCAGCAUCAGGGACAACCGGAACACUGUCGGGCGCAUCAGGGUCCACAGGACCAUCAUCGGGAUCACCAGGGGCCACCGGAGCAUCCAUUGGCCAGCCCGAAACAACCAGAAUCUCGGUGGCAGGGUCAUCUGGAGCCCCUGCAGUCUCACCUGGAGCAUCACAGGCAGCCGGAACAUCAGGUGCUGCCCUGGGAACAAGUGCCUCAUCUGUCGGGGUGGCGGAAUCUUCUAGCCCCUCUGUCACAAGGUUGGGGCAAAAUAGAUUACUGUCGGGAGCGUCAGGGUCCACAGGAUCAUCAUCGGGAUCACCAGGGGCCACCGGUCCAUCCAUUGGCCAGCCUGAAACAAGCAGAAUCAUGGUGUCAGGGUCAUCUGGAGCCCCUGCAGUCUCACCGGGAGCAUCACAGGCAGCGGGAACAUCAGGUGCUGCCCCGGGAACAACUGCCUCAUCCGUCGGGUUGACGGAAUCAGCCAGAACCUCUAUCGCAGCAUCAGGGACAACCGGAACACUGUCGGGCGCAUCAGGGUCCACAGGACCAUCAUCGGGAUCACCAGGGGCCACCGGAGCAUCCAUUGGCCAGCCCGAACCAACCAGAAUCUCGGUGGCAGGGUCAUCUGGAGCCCCUGCAGUCUCAUCUGGAGCAUCACAGGCAGCGGGAACUUCAGGUGCUGCCCCGGGAACAAGUGCCUCAUCCGUCGGGGUGGCGGUAUCUUCUAGACCCUCUGUCACAGGGUUGGGGACAACCGGAACACUGUCGGGAGCGUCAGGGUCCACAGGACCAUCAUCGGGAUCACCAGGGGCCACCGGAGCAUCCAUUGGCCAGCCCGAAACAACCAGAAUCUCGGUGGCAGGGUCAUCUGGAGCCCCUGCAGUCUCACCUGGAGCAUCACAGGCAGCCGGAACGUCAGCUGCUGCCCCGGGAACAACUGCCUCAUCUGUCGGGGUGGCGGAAUCUUCUAGACCCUCUGUCACCGGGUUGGGGCAAAAUAGAUUACUGUUUGGAGCGUCAGGGUCCACAGGAUCAUCAUCGGGAUCACCAGGGGCCACCCAUGCAUCCAUUGGCCAGUCUGAAACAACCAGAAUCUCGGUGGCAGGGUCAUCUGGAGCCCCUGCAGUCUCACCUGGAGCAUCACAGGCAGCCGGAACAUCAGGUGCUGCCCCGGGAACAAGUGCCUCAUCUGUCGGGGUGGCGGAAUCUUCUAGCCCCUCUGUCACAAGGUUGGGGCAAAAUAGAUUACUGUUUGGAGCGUCAGGGUCCACAGGAUCAUCAUCGGGAUCACCAGGGGCCACCGGUCCAUCCAUUGGCCAGCCUGAAACAACCAGAAUCUCGGUGGCAGGGUCAUCUGGAGCCCCUGCAGUCUCACCUGGAGCAUCACAGGCAGCGGGAACAUCAGGUGCUGCCCCGGGAACAACUGCCUCAUCCGUCGGGUUGACGGAAUCAGCCAGAACCUCUAUCGCAGCAUCAGGGACAACCGGAACACUGUCGGGCGCAUCAGGGUCCACAGGACCAUCAUCGGGAUCACCAGGGGCCACCGGAGCAUCCAUUGGCCAGCCCGAAACAACCAGAAUCUCGGUGGCAGGGUCAUCUGGAGCCCCUGUAGUCUCACCUGGAGCAUCACAGGCAGCCGGAACAUCAGCUGCUGCCCCGGGAACAACUGCCUCAUCUGUCGGGGUGGCGGAAUCUUCUAGACCCUCUGUCACAGGGUUUGGGACAACCGGAACACUGUCGGGAGCGUCAGGGUCCACAGGACCAUCAUCGGGAUCACCAGGGGCCACCGGAGCAUCCAUUGACCAGCCCGAAACAACCAGAAUCUCGGUGGCAGGGUCAUCUGGAGCCCCUGCAGUCUCACCUGGAGCAUCACAGGCAACGGGAACAUCAGGUGCUGCCCCGGGAACAACUGCCUCAUCUGUCGGGUUGACGGAAUCUGCCAGAACCUCUAUCGCAGCAUCAGGGACAACCGGAACACUGUCGGGCGCAUCAGGGUCCACAGGACCAUCAUCGGGAUCACCAGGGGCCACCGGAGCAUCCAUUGGCCAGCCCGAAACAACCAGAAUCUCGGUGGCAGGGUCAUCUGGAGCCCCUGCAGUCUCACCUGGAGCAUCACAGGCAGCCGGAACGUCAGCUGCUGCCCCGGGAACAAGUGCCUCAUCCGUCGGGGUGGCGGUAUCUUCUAGACCCUCUGUCACAGGGUUGGGGACAACCGGAACACUGUCGGGAGCGUCAGGGUCCACAGGACCACCAUCGGGAUCACCAGGGGCCACUGGAGCAUCCAUUGGCCAGCCCGAAACAACCAGAAUCUCAGUGGCAGGGUCAUCUGGAGCCCCUGCAGUCUCACCUGGAGCAUCACAGGCAGCCGGAACAUCAGCUGCUGCCCUGGGAACAAGUGCCUCAUCUGUCGGGGUGGCGGAAUCUUCUAGCCCCUCUGUCACAAGGUUGGGGCAAAAUAGAUUACUGUCGGGAGCGUCAGGGUCCACAGGAUCAUCAUCGGGAUCACCAGGGGCCACCGGUCCAUCCAUUGGCCAGCCUGAAACAACCAGAAUCUUGGUGUCAGGGUCAUCUGGAGCCCCUGCAGUCUCACCUGGAGCAUCACAGGCAGCGGGAACAUCAGGUGCUGCCCCGGGAACAACUGCCUCAUCCGUCGAGGUGGCGGAAACUGCUAGAAGCUCUGUCGCAGCAUCCGGGACAACCAGAGAGGCUACAACUUCCAUAGAAGGUGCUGGCACUUCUGGAGUUGGAUUCAAAACAGAGGCCACAACAUUCCCAGGAGAAAAUGAAACAACCAGAGUUGGACUCGCCACUGGUACUACUGGUAUAGUCUCUAGAAAGACACUGGAACCUGGAAGUUAUAACACAGAGGCCACAACUUUCACAGGAAGAAGUGGGACCACCCACACAGAUCUUCCAGGAGGCAGUUCUGUCACCACACCAGGGAGCCCAGAGUCUGGAAGUGAAACAGGUACUUCAGGAGAAUUCUCUACGACAGUCAUAUCUGGAAGUUCCCACACAGAGGCCACAACUUUCAUAGGAGGCAGUGGCUCACCUGGAACUGGAUCCAGACCUGGUACCACUGGAGAAUUGUCUGGAACCACUAUUGCAUCUGGAAAUGCUACCACAGAGGCCACAACUUCCACAGAGACUAGAAUUGGAGCUCAAACAGGAGCCCAGACCACUGUACCAGGGAGCCAGGUCUCUGGCAGUGAAACAGGUACCAGUGAAGCCGUUUCCAACCUAGCUAUUGCAUCUGGGAGUUCCAGCACUGGAACGACCUCUGGAGCAUCAGACAGUCAAGUCACUGGAAGUAGAACAGGUACCACAGGUGUGGUCUUAGGUACCACAGUUGCACCUGGAAGUUCUAGUACAGGAGCUACCACUGGAGUACUGAUAAAUGAAGGAACUAGAAGCACAUCAUUAGGUACCAAGAGGGUAGCUUCUGGCACUACAUUUGAAUCUGGGACUUCUAACUCAGAAAGUAUAGUGCCCUCUGGAGGCAGUGGGACACCAGGAAGUGGAAUAAAUACAGGGGAAUCUAGAACCCAAGUCACUGGCAUUCAAACAGGUACUACUGCAGUGGGUUUUGGCAGCACCCUCUCACCUGGAAGUUCCAACACAGGUACCACUGAGACAGGCUCUGGUACUACAUCCUCACCUGGAGGUGUCAAAACAGAAGCCACAACUUUUAAAGGUGUUGGAACCACUGAAGCAGGGAUUUCAUCAGGCAAUAGCCCAGGAUCAGGAGGAGUCACCAGUAGCCAAGAAGGUACCACUGGGGUAGCCUCUAGCACAACAGUUAUUCCUGGAAGUUCAAAUACAGGUACCUCCAGGGAAGCAUCUGAAACAACUACUGCUCCUAGAAUUUCUACCACAGGCUCCACCUCAGUGUCAAAAGAAAUCACAGCAAGCCCCAAAGUAUCCUCCCCAGAAACCACUGCAGGAGCAACAGAAGAUCAAGAAAAUGAAAAUAAAACAGGAUGUCCAGCACCUCUUCCACCACCACCAGUUUGUCAUGGUCCCCUGGGAGAAGAGAAGUCUCCUGGGGAUGUAUGGACUGCCAAUUGCCAUAAAUGCACCUGUACCGAGGCAAAGGCUGUAGACUGUAAACCCAAGGAAUGUCCUUCUCUACCCACAUGCAAAACUGGAGAGAGACUCGUCAGGUUCAAAGCUAAUGAUACCUGCUGUGAAAUCGGACACUGUGAACAAAGAACAUGUUUAUUUAACAAUACAGACUAUGAGGUUGGUUCUUCAUUUGAUGACCCCAACAACCCAUGUGUUACCUACUCCUGCCAGAACACUGGUUUCACAGCCGUGGUCCAAAACUGCCCAAAGCAGACCUGGUGCGCAGAAGAAGACAGAGUCUAUGAUUCAAAACAAUGUUGCUAUACAUGUAAGAGUAGUUGCAAACCUUCACCCGUGAAUGUGACUAUUAGGUACAAUGGUUGCACGAUUAAAGUUGAGAUGGCAAGAUGUGUAGGGGAAUGCAAAAAGACUGUCACGUAUGAUUAUGACAUCUUCCAGUUGAAAAAUUCAUGUCUUUGCUGCCGAGAAGAAGAUUACGAGUUCAGAGAUAUUGUUCUUGACUGUCCUGAUGGUAGUACGUUACCUUACAGAUACAGGCACAUCACCGCGUGCUCCUGCUUAGAUCUGUGCCAACAAUCUAUGACCUAAUAAUAACUAGAUUACUUUUCCAGUUGUACCAGGCCAGGUAUUUAUUUUAUAAGCGAACAAAAACAAUCACUAGUGAGAUUAACUAAACAUUUGUUUCUCACUCAAAAAAAUGUCAUCAUUAGGCAUUUUGUUCUUCUGGUGACUGGAUCUGAAAAAUAAAUACCACUUUGCAAGCAA